AAAAAAACACUAAAGCCCUAAAAAUCUUAACUCUGGUGUUGCCGUAGCCACUUUGUCUCUUGUUGUACUGGAAACACACUCAACUCAACUUCCCGCCGGAAAACGCAACCAGAGCUCAUCGUCAGCCACCACGUCAGAAACUCUCCACAAACAGUUUGUGGCAGAUUGAUUAUCAGCAAUGGAGCACGGUUCAUACACUGAUUUGAGUAAAUCAACGUUUUCUCUCAUGGAUGAGGAUCACACCUUUGCUAAUUCUGUUAGAUUCACCUUGAAUCAAGAUCCAAGAGUGACAUUUUGUGGGUACAGCAUUCCACAUCCUUCAGAAAAUCGUGUCAAUGUCAGAGUCCAGACAACUGGGGAUCCAGCAUGUGAGGUGUUAAAAGAUGGUUGUCAAGAUCUGAUGCUUAUGUGCCAGCAUGUUAGAAACACUUUUGAGAAGGCAGUUAAUGAUUUUAAAACCAGCAAAACUGAGGAUCAUAUGAAUAUAUGAACUAAUAUGUUAGAUAUAGUUUAUUUAUAUUUUGCAGUAGAUGUGUUAUUUGAACAUUAAAAUAUAGUCUCCUUAUGUAUUUAUCUCUAUUUCUUUUUAUCUUCUACAACCAAGUGUAUGUUUGAAAAUACAGUGGGAUUGUGUUCUAAAUCAUGGUGGAUUGAAGUUACAAGAAUUAGUUCUCAUUUUCUACUA